GUUGUUGUGAUCGUUGGGAAAGGGGCGCCUGCCGUUGGAUGGCCGCGAGUGGCACUCGCAAAAAGUUCGCCAACAGCAACCUCAACACCCUCCUCGGCGCUCCGAAAGAGAGCGCAAAGGCAAACUUCGGCCCUGCGGUACGAUCUGGAGGGACCGUCAAGCCUGUCGCGAAGCCCAAAGGCUUAGUCUCGCUCGGGAAAGCUCCCACAAGCUCCACUGCCGCGCGAAAGGGCGCAGCAUGGAAUCAGCUUGAGGAAGAGGCCAAAAAGCGCGAGGAGAGGAAAGUGCCAAGAAGAAAGAGGAGUCAGCACUCGACUGGGCUGACAUCGACUUCAAUGAUAUUCAAAAAGCCAAAGAGCAGGAGGAACAGGAGCUCAGAUCCAAGCAAGCCCUGUGCGGCACGAAUCGCCGGAGGUCGGAGGCGAUGUUCGGGCGAGGCCCGAGCGGUGCGAGGACAGGAGGCGGAGCCUCGCCCAAUCCGCAAGGAAAGCAGGUCCUGGGCUGACCAGACAGAGCUGUCGGAUGAGGUGCCGGCGGAGUCCUCUCGAGACCGGCCCUCCAGCCCGCCCAGAAGCCCGCCCCCGCGCCCGGAGCAGGCUCGGGAGGUUUUGCAUCAGGAAGUCCACUUGCACCUCCGGAAGGCACCCGAGCCCAUGCACAGAGGCGAGGAGGUGCAGCCGCGGCCGAGGCCGCCGCCGCCCAGCGCGCCGCCGCCGGUGGCUGCGGCGCCGCUACCUCCGGUAACAAUGACAACUCCAGUUUCAGUUGCUCCGGACCGCUCACAUGUAGACCGCUCACAUGCAGCGGGUCCGCCUGAGCCGGAGAUCCCAAAACAGCCCCCGCCGAGGCCCCAGGCACCAGCGCCAGCACACAAGGAGCCGGAGGCUGCCAAGGAACAGCACAGCGAGCGCGCCUGGCAGGUCCGCCGGGUGGCCACGCCCGCGCGGCCGCCGGGGCCCCCGCCGCCGCCCCCGCAGGCUUAUGCAGAGGAGGUGUACCAGGCGCCACGAGCCAAGGAGGAUUUGUCCGUGCCAGCCGCCAGGUCUCCCAAGGAGACAGCUCCGCCAGUUCCAGAGGCUGAGGACACCGACGAAUCCACUGAUGGAGAGGGAGAUGAGCCUCCGCCGGAGCAUGCAGUGCUGGACCUCAUGGUGCCGAGAACUGCCCUGGUGAUCAAUAUUUCUCACGUGCUGAAGCGCCUGAACGGGUGCUGCAGCCUCAACCAGCUCACGAAGGCCGUGAAGUCCUUCAAGGAGAAGACGGGCAUGUCCCUGGAAGCCUUCCUCCGCGCCAACCCGGUGAAUUUCAAGCUGGAGGGGCGGAUCGUCUACCUGGUGGGACGGGACGGAGAGAAGUGGAAGCCGCCCCCAAAGCAGGAAGCGCCCGGCCCGGAAGCCGGCCCGGACCGCGGCAAAGGGGCGAAAGGCAAGGAGGCGCGGCGUGCAGGCGAGGCCGAGAACGGGCGCCGGAAGGGCCAGAAGGGCGCGCCGAAAGGAGAGAUUUCGAGGAAAGGCCGCGGCGAGAUGGCGGCAAGGGGAAAGGACGAGGCAAAGCCUACGAAGGCAAGGCCUACGAAGGCAAGGCCUACGAAUACGAAGGCCACGACAAGUCCUACGACAAGUCCUACGCCUACGACUGGCAAUCCUGGAAUGACGGCGGCUGGUCCAACUGGGAUUGGCAGCAGGAGUCCGACUGGAAGGCGAAUGGGUGGCAUGGGUCCUGGUAGGCUGCAUCCUGCCGUUUGGGACCUGACCGCUGAAUCCCGGCUCCUCCGACGACGGAAAAGGUACCCUAAAAGUGUAAGCGGAUCCCCGCCGGAUCUGCUGGCGAGUUCUGCGCCGAAUCAUCGGUGCAACAAAUUGUAGUUCUGCCCUGUGCAGAUUUGCAGGCAAGAGCCAUGCUAUGGCGUCCGUUCCGCAAACGGAUGCACCCUGCACCCGUGCUGCUUUGG